UGCAAGGAAGGCUACUCUCCAUAAAGUGACACUGAUUUAUAUUGUAGUUUAGCCUGUCAAACAGGACAUUUAACUUGUUCUUUAACUAAUAAUGUAUACGCAUUUGAAGGGUGUAAAAAAGGUUAUGAAAUGGUUGGUAAUUAAUGUGUAGCUUGUCCUAAUAGAUGCACUGUUUGCGUGAUGGGAAUUUGCUCUGAAUGCGAAUUUCAUUAUUUUUUAAAAGACAACUAAUGCUUUGGAGACAUAAAUUGCACUAGAUUUGAUUAUAAAUAUGAUCCUAACACAGGAUUAGCUAAUGGGAUUAUUUGUUAAAUAUGCGACUUUGGAUUUUUUUAUAAUCCAAAUCAAUAAUAAUGCACUCGCUGUAAAGAGUAGCCUGGCUUGGAAAAUUGCUUGAUUUGUUUUAACUCUACAUAAUGCAAAAUUUGUAAAGGAACACACAUAAUAACAGCUGAUAAGAGAUGCAUACCGUUUGUUGGUUGUUCAUCAUAAUGCUAAACAUGUCUUUAUACAGAUCCUGAAUACUGUACAACUUGUAAUUUGAAGGAGAAAUUUCUAAGUUCUACUAUUGUGCCAGGAAAAUGUGUUUGUGAUUAUCCAAAUGGUUAUAUCGAGAAGGAUGGUGGAUGUGGUAAAUGUUCAGAUGGGUAAUGCUAAACGUGUGGUCAAGAUUAUUAUGAUUGUACAUCUUGUAAACCGAUUUCAAAUAGAACUCUUGUUGGUUCUAAAUGCAUUUGUAAAUAAGGAUAUUUUGAAGCUGGUAAUUCUGACCAAAUAUGUUUAAGUAUGAAUCAAUAUCAAUUAGAAUGCUAUGAUAGUUGUUAUAACUGUUAAGGAAUUAAUGAAAAUGAUUGUACUGAAUGCGGCGAUCCUGGAAUUUAUAAUAAAUAUCUUGAAAAUGGAAAUUGUUUUUUGUUUUGA